CAGGCCGUGCUGGCGCUGAGCGCGAAGCGCCGCCUCCCCCCGCCGCCAACAAAAGUCCCCGAGCGCCCUGCGGGCCCCAACGCCGCACCCGCCGCCUCCCGACCCGCCCGGCCCGGCCCGGCCCACAGCCGCAGGAUGCCAAACUGGGGUGGAGGGAAGAAAUGUGGCGUGUGCCAGAAGGCGGUGUACUUCGCUGAGGAGGUGCAGUGUGAAGGCAGCAGCUUCCACAAGUCCUGCUUCUUGUGCAUGGUCUGUAAGAAGAACUUGGACAGCACCACUGUUGCUGUGCAUGGAGAUGAGAUCUACUGCAAGUCCUGCUAUGGCAAGAAGUACGGCCCCAAGGGCUAUGGGUACGGGAUGGGCGCCGGGACCCUGAGCACCGACAAGGGCGAGUCUCUGGGAAUCAAAUAUGAAGAGGGCCAAUCCCACCGACCCACCAACCCGAACGCAUCCAGAAUGGCCCAGAAGGUCGGCGGCUCCGAUGGCUGCCCGCGCUGCGGCCAAGCGGUGUACGCAGCUGAGAAGGUGAUUGGAGCUGGAAAGUCCUGGCACAAGUCCUGCUUCCGCUGCGCCAAGUGUGGCAAAAGCCUGGAGUCCACCACCCUGGCAGACAAAGACGGGGAGAUCUACUGCAAAGGUUGCUACGCCAAGAACUUCGGGCCCAAAGGCUUUGGCUUCGGGCAGGGGGCCGGGGCGCUCAUCCACUCGCAGUGAGGCACCAGGAGCCGCGCUCUGCUCCUCCUGGGCUCCUGCAGCCCAGCCCUGGGUUUCCGCACACCGCAGCGAGCUCCCUCACCUCCUCCAUCCCCGCCUGCUGCUUUGCGGCACCAGCGCCUUCCCCUGCCCCGACCCUGCGCUCCCCGAAGCUGCGGGAGCCCCAUUGCCACCACGGGUCCCUCGGCACGGGCACACAGCUCGCUCCCACCCGCAGUGAGGCUCCCAGCGUUCCGCUCCGCGUCGCCCGUCCCGCCGGGAUGAGCCGCGCUGCGCCGUGUCACCGAGCAAGGAAUAAACAUCAAAGCUGA